UACCUUGUUGGCUAAAAGCCUAAAACGGGAUCGGGUUUUCCAUUCUCGCGGCAUCAUCCCUUGGCGGCCGCCCCCAUCGUCCGCUACUCCAAUGGAGUUUAGGGCUUUCAUCACUCUCCUUCUUGCACUCUUGCUCAUCUCCUCCCCGGUCCUCCAAGUGGUUAGAUGUCAGGAUGAUGCAGCUUUCAGUGUUUCUGAAGCUGAAGGAGGUGACCUUGGCAUAGUUGGUGAUGAUCUUCAAGACUUUGGUGAUGGAUCUUUUAGUGCAGCCCCCGGGGUAGCAACAGUUUGUGUGUUUCCAAAAAAUGGCGCAAGAUUGGUUCCUGCAGGUGAAGAAACUGAGUUGCUGGUUGGGUUGCAUAAUGAAGGUGAAGCAACUUUGAAUGUUAUUGGGAUAAGGGCCACUGUCCAUUUCCUGUAUGACCAUCGUAUGCUUGUUCAAAAUCUGACUGCUCAGGAGUUUUACAAUGCUUCAGUUCCAGUUUCUGCUCAAGCUGCAUUCCCUUACAUAUUUGCUGUAAGCAAAUUCUUGCAGCCCGGUGCAUUUGAUUUAGUUGGUACUAUAGUAUAUGAGAUUGACCAGCAACUAUAUCAGGGUACCUUCUAUAAUGGUUCCAUAGAAGUGGUUGAAGCUGGGGGUUUCCUUAGUGUUGAGUCUGUUUUCCUUGUUACUCUUGGAGCUGCACUCAUUGGCAUUUUUGGAUUGUGGGCAUAUGGACAAAUUCAACACUUCUCAAAGAAAACUAAGAAAGCAACCAAAGUUGAAGUAGGGACCAGGAACGCUGAUGCCAAUAUGGACGAGUGGCUGCAGGGAACUGCCUAUUCAAAAUCGCUGUCAAGUAAAUCAAAGAAGAAGUAGAUAGGUUUGCCCGCCGGUGAUCUGCUGCAAGCGUGAUUGAGUGUUGCGUAGCAGUAUGGUUUUAGAGUGGGAAACUUGACACAGUUUUUUUAUCCAGACCAGAUGUUGUGAGGAAAACCUGGAUUUUUAGGAAUGCUCGGAUCUGUAUGCUUUCCAACAAACUUCUAGGGGCUAUUUCCUUUAUUUGUGGAAAUAUCGAUGUGAAGUGAACUAUAUAAAAUAAAGUAUUUGCAAGAGCGAAUUUUGUCAAAA